AUGCUUAACCACAUGGAUACAUUAACUUCGUUUUUAAAAGCAUUCGACUACUCUCCUUGGAAUGGUUACUUGUACAAGCUGGAUGUAGGAUGGCCUAAAGCUCCAGAAUACUUCACUGGGCAACCCGUGUGCGUGGCUGUUGACUCACUUCGUGGUUUGGUCUAUGUUGCACAAAGGGGCGAUAACAUACCCAAGGUACUUGUGUUCUCAGAAGAAGGCUAUUUUCUUUACUCAUGGAAUGAUACAAUUGAAAUUCCUCACGGUAUCUUUGUAUUAAGCAAUGCAACAGAUAGCUCUGUAUGGAUUACAGAUGUUGGAACAGGGAAAUAUGGGCAUACUGUGAAAAAAUACAGCCCUUCAGGUAAACUUCUGCAGAUCUUGGGCACCCCGGGUAGUGCUGGUUCAAGCUUGUACCCCCUGCAGUUUGAUCAGCCGGCCGAGAUCUUUGUAGAGGAAUCUGGGGAUAGCUAUGUUGUGGAUGGAGACGGAGGGAUCAAUAAUAGAUUGCUCAAACUGACCGAAGAUUAUAAAGAGAUGUGGCUGCGUGGACCAAAAGGGACUGGCAUUGGUGAGUUCAGGAUUCCUCACAGUGUAACAGUGGAUUCUUUUGGACGGGUAUGGGUUGCGGACCGAGACAAUAAGAGAAUCCAGGUUUUUGAUAAAGACACAGGGGAAUGGCUGGGGACUUGGAGCAGCUGUUUUGAGGAAGAUGGUCCAAGCUCUGUCAGAUUUACUCCCAACAACAAGUACCUGAUUGUAGCUCACCUGAACGUCAGCCGGUUAUCCGUGUUGGCAGCCCCGCCUGUUGGCACUAUUGGGAAGUGUGUGAUAGUGACCACGAUCCAGCUGGCGGAUGAAACCAAACCGCACCUGGUGGACGUAGACAUGAAGAGCGGAGCAAUCUACGUGGCGGAGAUUGGAGCCCAGCAAGUGCAAAAAUACGUGCCCUUAAACUGAUAUUUCUCCACAAUUCCCGUGGCACAAGCUGUAUGGCAUGUAAGACCUAUGAU